GCAGGUCAUCAACACGGUUCACCUGACAUGAAAGCUAGUGCUGGUGUUCAACUCCUACCCAACCGUGUCAAAGAGAGCGUGUAUCCUGUAUCAGCGCGAGGUUCUAGUGACUGUUCAGAUCGUCUUCAUUAAUCCAAGGUUUCAGAUGAAGAACUGCACAGCGGGGUGCGCUACAGCGAAACCUUCUACACUCCACACGGCAUCAAAUGGGAUUCAAAUGCCUACGUUUUGCCAAUUUCCGUGAACACGAGCACUUCCUGUCAAACUUUUUAAAAACUUUAUUUUCUCAUUCCGUGUUUAUUUUGCCACCGUUAAUCCCUACCCCCAGUAUCUCUGACGAUUGCUUCACCCUGCCGUUUAUUUUGUGCAGUACAUGAACCGGAGUGCGAGUGGAGUCCGGGGCCAGCCCAUGUCACCUUCAGUCGUUGAGUGGAGCUGAUUCCUGGCCCAGAGAGGAAAAAAAAUGUCCAAAGGGAGUCAGUACCAAGAUGCCGACUGUGUGUGUUCUUACGGGAUGAAAAUCACCUGGGACAUUAACGACCCCAAACUGCCCCAGGACAUAAAGCAGUUUGAUACGUUCCAGGAAUGGACAGAUGGCUAUGUGCGAUAUAUUUACACUGCAGAUGAUAAAAAUGCGCAGAGACACCUUAGCGGCUGGGCCAUGAGGAACACUAACAACCACAACUGCCAGAUCCUGAAAAAGUCCUGCCUUGGAGUGGUGAUCUGCGCCAGAAACUGCACCUUGCCUAAUGGCAGCAAAUUACAGCUCAGACCGGCUAUCUGUGACAAAGCUCGUCAAAAACAGCAGAAAAGAGUAUGUCCGAACUGCAACUCAGCACUGGAGCUGAUAUCUUGUCGAGGUCACAGUGGCUAUCCAGUCACAAACUUUUGGAGACUUGAUACCAAAGCCAUAUUUUUCCAGGCUAAAGGCGUCCAUGAUCAUCCAAGACCAGAGAGUAAAUCAGAAACAGAAGCAAGGAGAAGUGCUGUUAAGAGACAAAUGUCCUCUCCACACUUUUCACACAAGAAAAGGCAUAUGGAACCAGAGGCAAGUAGAUACCAUGACAGUGGUGGCCCCUUCAGCAGCCUUCACCACUUGCCUUGUAUGGAAGCUCCAGACAGAUUUGGCAUAAUAGCAGAAUCAAGCUUUCCUAUUCCAUCACAUCAUUAUUCACCAUUUCAAAAUUCGGAGCCUUUCAAGCCUGCUUAUGAUCCCAGCAGCGGUUUUGUGGAAACAACCUCCCCACUUCAGAAGGUCUCCAACCCAAGGAUUUAUGUUCCCCGAGGUUCCUGUGGCUAUGAUUUUACUGUGCCUGGUUAUAUGGGCUCCAACUCUUACUCCACCCUUUAUAAAGAUUCUGGUAACGUAGAGUCUGAAACUGACUCAGGAAAGAUGUGUGUGCAACUUAAUGGAUCCCAUCACGGUAUGGGCACCCUGAAUGUCCAUGAUCGAAACUUUGAUGGGCCAAGUAAACAUCAUGGGUGGAAGCAGAUAUUGAAAGGAGGAUAUGGAGAUAGGAAUGAGUGUAGCCAUAUCAUACCCAAUUCAAGUCAUUACUACAAUGGAGAAUACCCCUGCAGAUUGGGUGGCACUGGAUCAAACCCUCCGGCUUUACAAACGAUCAUAACUACAACUACAAAAGUUUCCUAUCAAACUUACAAACCCAUGACUAAGUUUGAUGACAAUAUUUGUGAUGCCAAAAAUCUUCCAAACUGCAAUCACUUAGCAGACAACAUAUCUCCUACCAUUUAUCCUGAGACAAAGUUCCAGGAAGAUAACAACAUGAUCAAAUCAGCCACACUCUAUCAACAGGAAGGGCCCUCUAAAACGGAGCGGACCGAAGGACUGGAAAGCUACAGAUAUGGAAGUUAUUCUGCAAAUUCCUACGCUAAUCGAUUAGCUCAUCCUUUCAGAUACGAUACUGGAGAAUACUGAAAAUGAACUCACCUUUUCUGACUUUAGGUGUCACUCUCAUGGUCCUUAAUUAUUUUUAAGUACACAAUAAUCCUUUGGAACUUUAAUCCAAUCAAGGUAUAGUUUGCAAGUGAUGUAGUGCCAUUGAAUAUUUCAUUAUCCUACAAAGGAAGCACCAAAAUGGAAACACAGGAAAAAGUUACAGUGCAUUCAAACUUGACUGAACAGUUAGAAAAUCUAUGGUCCACUUCCUCAAAACUUUCCUUUAGCUCAAGGACAGCUUGAAACAUGUUAUGUUCAGAUUUAAAACUGCAAUUCAGAGCACUAAAACUUCACAGAUUAAAAAUGAACAUUAUUUGUCUCCUGUACAUUUCUAUACUCAUGGUUCGUAAUCAGCACUUGUCAUUGCAAAAGUUUUAGUUUGUGUGUAGCUGAAUGUUUGGAUAAAAUAUGAUAAUAAACUUAUUAUACUUGAUGUUAAA